AUGUUUUACAGGAAUUGUAUCCGAGGACUAUUAUCCAGUAAGAUAGUUCUUUUGACAACGCACGAUACCCGAUAUUACCAGGAAGCGGAUCAUAUCAUUCACCUGGCAGGUGGAAAAAUCGAAGAAUUCAAAACCGGUCAUUUAUUGGCUGAAUUCGAUUUGCUUCAAAGAAACAGAAUGUCUGACGGGAAAAAGGCGGGAGGUCAAGAUGUGUGGUGUGUUUCCAAUGAAGAGGAGGGAACGGAGACGUUAAAACUGGAGAAGGAAGAACGAGAAAUUGGAAGAGUUGCAUUCAAAGUUUACAAGGAGUACUUUUUAUAUGGAGUUUCGGCGAUUGUCCUAUUUAUUGUUUUUUUGGUGUUCUAUUCCGGACAAGGUAAGAAACUUGCAGAAUCUCUCUAAUACGUUCACUGAAGAGACAGAGCAAAGUGGCAUAUCAGAGAGUUGUCUAAUUGAGAGGGAUCACUGCGACUCGAGUACUAUUUAAAAAUAAUCUAAAAAAUUCCGUGCUUAAUAUGCGGUAGAUCAUUGAAUCAACUGCUGAUCGAUCAUUGCAAAUACACCACAGCUUCAACAAAAUCGAUCAAACUGCAUCUUAGAUAAUGAUGAGCCCACUCCGCCAAUCUGCUUCGAGUGUUUUAUUGCGGCGUAUCUCAUGGUGUGUUAAAUCAUCAUGAGAGCGAGGGCUUUGAAGCGUAGGGGAAAUAUGGAGUUAAGAAAACUAAAGGUUUUAAUGAAAAGAUUGAAUCAUUAGCCACUCUGCUGAAUUCAUUAGUGACUCUAUAUAGAGUCACUAAUGAAUUCAAUAUAGUGGUUAAUGAAUUUAUAAAAAAUCACAUCUGAAGCAGUACAAGUUGUCCAAAAAUUACAAAGUAAGCACAUCAGUAUUUCCGUUAUAUUAUAGCAUUAAUACGCACAUUACCAUAAGUUACCAAAAAAAGUUUUCAAUACGCCGAAGUUCAAGUCCUAAUUAAGUACUGUUCAUUUUACUCAAAAUUCAAAUUUAAUGUAGUAUCCUCAUGCGCUAACGUCACCUGUACUUUAGACGAUACGUCUUUCCUUUGUACUUUCUUCACACACUUCUUUUUGCGACAACUUCGUUGGAUUCUACGUUUUCUCUACUUGCAAUCUGAACCAAACUGCAGCCAUACGGCAACUAAACUGCAGCCUUAACUACUGCUAAACCACAGAUUAACUGCUGCUAAAUGGCAUGGACGUAACAGCGACAUCAUGCUGUUUUACCCUCUAUUAAAUCGCGAUCUGCAACUAAACGCGCGGCUACUGCUAUGUAAACCUUAAAGUAUAAGUAUAUUCAUUCGCUGAAGCGCAGUCUUGAAUAUGUAAGUCACAAAUAUAUAUAAAUAUUUAAUAAUGACAUGUCAAGAAAUUUCAUAAUAAAGGACAACUUACUACACGUCAAAUAAUAUAAGAGAAAAAAACCCGAAUACAGGAAUGCCAAAUAUUGUUAGUUAUUUACUUAUUUUAACGCAAAGUUCAAUCCAGCCGAGAUAAUCCAAGAUCAAGGUAAUUUUUGGUAUAAUUGCCAGUUAUUAUAUCAAUGAACUGUAACAUGCUUUUAAAUAAGAAAAGAAGUCUAAGUGAACAUUUUAAGUACACUGGGUUGCAAAUGUUUGUUCAAGGAAAAUCGUGCACUAUUGAUGCAUAAACACAAGUUAACACUGCUUAAUACAUAUCACCCGCUCCAGUCCUAACUAGCUCAUAAUCAUUUUGAAUAGUGUCAGUAAUUUCUUAUCGUACGUGAGUGAUCGCUAACAGGUGUCCAAGUUUGUGACAUAGAGAAAACGAUAAAGAAAACAGAAAAUAGUCAUUUUAAACAACCGAUCUCCUUUCAGGGUAAAGAGUAAUUAGCAGAUUUCAAAAUGUCUUAUCUACAAUUUAUAGGUAUAAUUGUUCUGGUGGACUUUAAAGCAUCUCGAUUGCCAAUACUAGCUAGCCAAGAAGAAAGUAGUUUUGACCGUGCAUUACUAGUGUACACACUUUGUGUGAUUGCUGGGGUAGUGUUAAUGGUCUUAGGUACGCUGUGCAUCUUUCUGGUCUUGAUGAACGCUGCUUAUAAGGUGCGUAAAAUUCCGAUUGUCAAAAAACUGUUAACGUUUAUAUAACUGAUGGAAUCCCACCUAUGGGGGAAAUUUUCCUCGUGAUCGAGGAGUCUAAACGAAGCCGUACGUUUGGGUUCCAUCACACAACGUAUGGAAGGUAGGAAGGUAGGAGGAAGGUAGGAGGGUUUGUUUUUGGUGGGGAGGAAUAGCAGAGUAACCGGAGAGAAAUCAAUCCAUGGAAAUAGAGCUGCCUGCUGCGUAUUCAUCCAUCAGGCGUAACGGUACAAUACCUCCAGGCUCAACUCAGGAAUAAGGACUAUCUGCCACGUACCCGCAUUAAUCGAGCCAAUAUCGUAUCCAUUUUAGGUUCAUAACAAGAUGGUCACGUGUCUCCUGAAAGCGCCGCUAUCAUUUCACGCUGUCAACCCAGUCGGACUAGUUCUAAACCGGUUUUCCCAAGAUAUCAACAAUCUAGACGAGCUACUACCAUUCUACUUCUUUAUGUUGCUCCUUUAUGCCGCACCUGCAGUAGCAACUGUCUUACUAGCUACUAUAACCACUCCUCUGUUAAUCAUCCCUAUCCUUAUAGCACUACCGGCAUUUUGUUUCUUUUCCAAAGUCUAUUUCACAUCUGCUACUGAUAUUAAAAGACUGAUGUCCAUAGCUGGAAGUCCUAUUUACUCACAUUUUUCGAACACAAUGGAAGGGCUGAAAAAUAUUCGAGUAUAUGGAAGGCAAAAGGAAUUUAUAGAUCAAGUUUUCAG